AUGGACAAGUUUAAGCAAGAGUUGAAGGAGAGAAAGCAGGAGGCUUUGUUAGGUUACCUUGGGUCGCUGGAGGAGAAGGACCAGGAGUUGAUUCGGAAUCAGUUUGAAAAGCAAGGAGUGGAGCAUAUUUUUGAAUCAUUUGCGAAAGCCGUUAAGUAUAAUGAAGGCUUGACUGAGGCUAGUAAGGGGAUGGAGAUUAUUCCUCCGCCCUUGUUGGAUCAUGCGGAAAUCAUGAAUGGGUUUACUGACCCGAAGGUUCCGGUAAAGACACUGAAAGUGUCGAGCCUACCAGAAAAUUUGCGUGACUAUUUGCGCGAGGUGGGUGAGUGUGCUUUAAGGAACGGUGAGGUUGCUGUGGUUAUUGUUGCUGGUGGUCAAGGUACCCGUCUUGGAUACGAUGGCCCUAAAGGUGCGUAUGUGAUGCCUCUUCCUUCGUCUGCAAGUAUCUAUGAAAUUUUGAUGAAACGAAUCGGUGCUCUGAACAAAUUAAUGGCGCCAACGGAAGGCGAACAAAAGUGUGUGCCAGUGUAUGUGAUGGUCUCUCCGCAGAAUGAAGCCAAGACCGAGGAGCAUUUUAAGGCAAAUGAUUAUUUUGGAUUGGAUCCUAGGAGUGUGAAUUUUUUUGCACAAGCCACCAUGCCUUCUUUUGAUAAGAAUGAUGGUUCUGUGCUAUUUGAAGACCCUCUCACUCUUACUCAAAACGCAAAUGGUAAUGGAGGAGUGUUUGCUGCUUUGAAAUCCAGUGGCAUGCAAGACGACAUGGUUAGACGUGGUGUCAAGUACGUACAUUUCCAUGGUAUCGACAACGUGCUGUGCAAGUCUGCGGAACCUCUUUUCAUAGGUGCCUGCAUUGCGGCUGGUGUCACUGCCGGAAAUAAAUGUUGUACCAAGUCCGGUCCACAUGAGAAGGUUGGCGUUCAAGUCAUUAAGAGAGUAGGUGACAAAUACUUCCCUUCUGUUGUGGAGUAUACUGAACUGAGCUCUGAACAAGCAGAGGAGAAAGAUACACAAGGAAACUUGACAUACUCAGCAGGCAACAUUGUCAACCACUUCUUCCGACUUAGCCACCUACGAGAGAUGGAUCUCAACUAUCACGUGGCCGUCAAGAAGGUACCCUAUUAUGACUACGCCGGCUCAAAACAAUUAGUUACUCCGACAGAACCAAAUGCUAUCAAAAUUGAAUACUUCAUCUUCGAUGCCUUCGAAGCUGCUAACAAUCUACUCGUCGUUGAAACAAACAGACCUGAAGAAUUCUCCCCCGUCAAAAAUGCAACCGGCACCGACUCACCCGAUAGCGCAACCAAGGACAUCUGCAACCUUCACACACUCUACCUCAAACAUGCCGGAAUACUUGAGGCAAAUGACAACAACUUAUACGAGAUUGCACCAGGCGAAACCUACGCUGGAGAGGGCCUUACCAAAGCCACCAAAUACCAAAAGCUUAACCAAGCUUAG